GGAAUAGUUUUAACGACCAAAGAAAAAUGUCAAAAGAUGUUUUAGACGAAAAUCAGAAUGAUUUUGAUGUGCAGCCUUCGGUCAACGAGGGAUCAAGUUCGGGGUUUGGCAACUCUGGCAGUGGUUUUGGUAACGAGGAUGUUGGAAAGAACAAGGACACGUUAAUAACAUCAAUAAAUAAUAAAGGAAGGACGAGUUUUGUUCGAUCUGAAACAAAUAAAUCUUUAGUCGAGCAACCUGUUCAACAAACCAGCAGUCAAUGGAUCAAUUACGAAUCUUCUUCUUCUGGAUCUGGAAGCGAAACUUUGGAACCAGAAAUAUACGACGAAGGUGGCUUGAUGGAUUGCGGAAAUGGAACUGUGAAGAAAAUAUUUCAGCACUGUGCAUGUGAACCAAACUUCACAGGACAAUUUUGUGAAAUCGAUUUGCUUGAGAGCUCUGGAGAGUCUUCAACAUUCAACUUGGAUUAUUCAGGCUCUGGUGUGAGUGAGAAAAUAUGUUAUCAUGGUGUUCCCGUGUUCAUAAAACACUGUGAGUAUUUGCUUGAGAGCUCUGGAGAGUCUUCAACAUUCAGCUUGGAUUAUUCAGGCUCUGGCGUGAGUGAGAAAAUAUGUUAUCAUGGUGUUCCCGUGUUCAUAAAACACU